CAUCGGACCACGUGAAUAAAUGCAUUUCUGGAUAAACAAGGGUGUCAACAACAGCCAAGGACGUCGCGGUGCGAACGGCAGAUACGUGCCGCCGUCCCUCUCAACCGGUACUCGUCGGAAGGAGUUGCGCAUUGGCAAGCCCGAGAUGGUGACACCCGUCCACAGGUUUCUGCCAAUGGAAGGUCACGGAUCAGCAUCCCCGACCCAUCAUCAACAUCAUCACAAUCAGCAGCAGCAGCAGCACGCCCACCGAUCCGCCCGAUUUCCGCCCAUCGUCGAAGAGCACGACACACAAGCGCAACCGAGCAUCCGAAUGGAAACACAACGGAGGAGGAGGCGAGGAAUUCCAACGGCCACUCCACCCUCGAGCCCCACGUCCACGGAUAUGCUGUGCGUGAAUCUGGUGAAGCUGCUGCUCCUCUGUCUGGUGAUCGGUAGCUACUACGUGAUUAAGUACAACAUCAGCAAUUUGAGCAAUUCGAUGGAACAUUUCGGUGCCACCGUGCCUCUGAUCAUCAUAAUCGUGGUCGUGGUGCUCCUGAUGAAGGUGCUGCUGAAGGUGUGCAAGGAGCAGACGCGCGAGGCGGCGCGCAACGUCGACGCCAAUCACAGCCAGACGUGGUCCGUGGAUAGCGACGAAGCACCGCCUCCGCCGCCACCGUUCGCCGAUGCUCCUCGAAUUGCGAGCGACGUGGAGGCGAUCGGCGUCGAGGAGAUACCGCCGCCCCCGUACAGCGUUGCCGUAAUGCUGCCCACGCACAACGAGCGCCUCCAAAUAAUCCAGGACUCGCCGCCGCCGUCAUACGAAAAGGCGAUCACCUAAAUAUGAAGAAAAGAGACGACGACGACGACAUCAGCAGAAAUGAAGUAAAGCCAAAUUAAUGCUCUACUGCCAGCCACACGUAUUUAGCAAAAACUAUACUUACUAUAUAUACAUAUACAUACCUAACGAUUAAGCUUUCUUCUUAUUUAGGAGUAUUUAGCCAAAAAAAAAUAAGAAAAGAAAAGGAAUAAAACCAAUAACAACCCCCCAUCUCUCCCUAACCAUGCCACUCCUCCUCUAAAAAAGAGAAAGAGAACAACAAAUGAAUACUACUACUAUUCAUAUUUUUUAUACACACUGCACAAAUUGUAUUUAUAUUAGCUAUUAAGGGACAAUCAACAAAUAAACGAAAGACGAACACGA